AGGCGCGUGGCCAGCCUGGUAGCAGCAUUAUUAGAGCCUGUCUUGGCGCCCUCGGGCUGCGGAUGAGGGAUGCUGGGUUCAGCCGCUCAGACGCCUUCAGAAGGAGGUGGGCCUGAAGCCGGAGCAGGACAUCCCCGUAGAAUGAACUCACUUCAUCUUUACCUGGAGUCUGCCUGUCUUUAAUUGUUGAGGGAAGAAGGAAGCUUCGAGGCGCACGCUGAUUUGCAUAGCUGCUCAGGUUUUAAAAAUGAAAGAACCAGCGUCUGGGGCCCAGUGCUGGGGUUACUACAGGACUUGCCAGAGAACUCGAUGGAAGCCGGUCGUAGUGGUCUCCUGUAAUCCUAGCACUCUUGGAGCCCGAGGCAGGAGGAUCGCAAGUUCGAGACCAACUUGGGCGACUUAUACAGAACCUGCAAAAGCCAUCAAAGCUAUUGAUGGGAAGUCAGUUCAUCAGAUUUGUUCUGGGCAAGUGGUACUGAGUCUCAGCACUGCUGUGAAGGAGUUGGUAGAAAAUAGUGUGGAUGCUGGUGCCACUAAUAUUGAUCUAAGGCUUAAAGACUAUGGGGUGGAUCUCAUUGAAGUUUCAGACAAUGGAUGUGGGGUAGAAGAAGAAAACUUUGAAGCCUUAGCUUUGAAACACCACACUUCUAAGAUUCAAGAGUUUGCCGAUCUCACUCUGGUUGAAACUUUUGGCUUUCGGGGGGAAGCUCUGAGCUCACUCUGUGCACUGAGUGAUGUAACUAUUUCUACGUGCCACAUGUCUGCAAAGGUUGGGACUCGACUUGUGUUUGAUCACAAUGGGAAAAUUGUCCAAAAAACCCCCUGUCCACGACCCAAAGGGACAACAGUCAGUGUACAGCAGUUAUUUUAUACACUACCUGUGCGCCAUAAGGAAUUUCAAAGGAAUAUUAAGAAGGAGUAUGCCAGAAUGGUCCAGGUCUUACAUGCGUACUGUAUCAUUUCAGCAGGCAUCCGUGUAAGUUGUACCAAUCAGCUUGGACAAGGAAAGCGGCAGCCUGUGGUGUGCACAAGUGGCAGCACCAGCUUGAAGGAGAAUAUCGGCUCUGUGUUUGGGCAGAAGCAGUUGCAAAGCCUCCUUCCUUUUGUUCAGCUGCCCCCUAGUGAAUCUGUCUGUGAAGAGUAUGGCCUGAGCUGUUCCGACACGCUGCCUGAUCUGUUUCAUAUCUCAGGCUUCGUCUCACGCGGCACGCAUGGCGUUGGGAGGAGCGCAGCAGACAGACAGUUUUUCUUCAUCAAUCGGCGUCCUUGUGACCCAGCAAAGGUCUCUAGACUUGUGAAUGAGGUCUACCACAUGUAUAAUCGACAUCAAUAUCCUUUUGUUGUUCUUAACAUUUCUGUUGAUUCAGAAUGCGUUGAUAUCAAUGUUACUCCAGAUAAAAGGCAGAUCUUACUACAAGAAGAGAAGCUUUUGUUGGCUAUUUUAAAGACCUCUUUGAUAGGAAUGUUUGAUGGUGAUGUGAAUAAACUUACUGUCAAUCAGCAGCCACUGCUGGAUAAUGAAGGUAACUUAGUAAAGAUGGAUGCAGCAGAAAUGGAAAAGCCUCAGCUGGAAAAGCAGACCAAUUCCCUUUCGUUAAGGGCUCGAGGGGAAGAAAGAAGGGCCGUGUCCAUUUCCAGGCUCCGAGAGGCCUUUUCUCUUAGUCACAGCACAGAUACCAAGUCUUGGGGCCUGGAGACUGCAGAUCGGAGAUGGAAUUCUCUGAGAGUGAACGGAGGUGCACCAUCUUUUGAUUCCCCAGAUCCUGUCUCUGCCUGGGGCUUGCUGGGUCCUCAGGAAGAGGUGAUAAGUCCCAAGAAGGGCUCUGGUGACUCUGUGGACAGAGCAGAAACAGAGGAGGACUUGGGGCACAGCAGCACCUCAGCUGGCUCCAAGGAAGGGUUCAGCACUCCAGAAGCCAGGAGUCAGUGUAGCAGUGACCAAGCAGCGAGCUCCCCGGAAGACAGAUUUCCACAGGGAAGUGUGGACUCCUGUGAGCAACUGCUCGACACAGACCGGCACCCCUCUGGCAUGAGAUACCAUUUAGACCAAGAUAUUGGAUAUAAAUUUAGAGCUUUGCCUGUGCAGACUGAUUUCUCAUCCUCAGACACCAAGCGUUUUAAAAAGGAAGAAAUUCCCUCAAUUGCUGACAUUCCUCAAAAGUUGGUUAGUACUCAGAACAUGUCAGGGACUCAGGUUGAUGUAGCUGUUAAAAUUAGUAAGAAAAUAGUGCCCCUUACCUUUUCUAUGAGUACUUUAGCUAAACGAAUCAAUCAGUUACAUCACCAAAAACAACAGAAUGAAGGUGAACAGAAUUACAGGAGAUUUAGGGCAAAGAUUUGCCCUGGAGAAAACCAAGCAGCGGAAGAUGAACUAAGGAAAGAGAUCAGUAAAACAAUGUUUGCAGAAAUGGAGAUUGUAGGCCAGUUUAAUUUGGGGUUCAUAGUAACCAAGCUGAAGGAGGACAUCUUCCUGGUGGACCAGCAUGCCGCAGACGAGAAGUACAACUUCGAGAUGCUGCAGCAGCACACAGCGCUCCAGGCGCAGAAGCUCAUCGCACCUCAGACUCUCAACUUAACUGCCAUCAAUGAAGCUGUCCUGAUAGAAAAUUUGGAAAUAUUCAGAAAGAAUGGGUUUGAUUUUGUCAUUGAUGAAAGUGCUCCAGUCACUAAAAGGGCUAAAUUGAUUUCCUUGCCAACUAGUAAAAACUGGACCUUUGGACCCCAAGAUAUAGAUGAACUGAUCUUCAUGCUAAGUGACAGCCCUGGAGUCAUGUGCCGGCCCUCCCGAGUCAGACAGAUGUUCGCCUCCAGAGCCUGCCGGAAGUCUGUGAUGAUUGGAACUGCUCUUAACACAAGCGAGAUGAAGAAGCUUAUUGUCCACAUGGGCGAGAUGGACCACCCCUGGAACUGUCCCCAUGGAAGGCCAACCAUGAGGCACAUUGCCAAUCUGGAAGUCAUUUCUCAGAACUGACACUUCUCACUUCCGAGAAUUAGAAAUUUUAUUGCAGACUUUUCUGUUUUGAAAGACAGGGUCUGAAGUAACCUUUUGUUUUCUUUUGUUUUUUGUUUCAAAAUUAACCUGCUACUUUAAAAAAAUGUACCAGAUCAAUUUAAAAAUGAUCUCAAACUGGAUGCAGUGGCUUGUGCCUGUUGGGAGGCUGAGGUGGGAGGAUCACUAGAGCACAAGAGUUCCAGACCAGCUGGGGCAACAUAGUGAGACCCCUGCCCCAGAAAAGAAAAGAUCCUGAGAAUUUUUUCAGACCAUGUGAAGCAUUGCUUGGAACCGUCCUUGUUCUGUAUUUGAAUACGUGUGUGAGAGAGA